UCUCGUAACCGCUUUUGAGUGUAUCCAAUCUCACAACCACCACGAAAUAGUCUCAUAUCUCUCUUCUCUCCACACUCCACCAGCAGAGGAACAAGUUGAGUCGUCGUGUGAGACGGUGAAAGUAAAUCUGGCUGGAGAAGAUUCAUCGGUGAGCAUCGGAGGCUCCGAUCUCAUCAUCAUCUCCUUCACUACGUUCUCUUUUCCUGCCCAACAAGACUUUCUUCACUCACUGCAGUCCUCCUACGUACGUAUUUACGUGUAGUCGAGUUCAGCAACUUUCUCCACCAGCAGCAGCGGACGGAUAGGGGAAUCGCCCUCCAGUUGUAGCAGUAGAAAGCAGUUUGGUUGUUGGGAUUCCAGGCCGAGUGGGUCCGGUCGUGAGAACUCUCUCUUCUUCAGCCAGAGUUGAGUCACUCUUAGGAGUUUAGGUCCGUAACCUUUCCAUUACAGAGGCAGUUUGGUUCCGUCUCUCAAACCAUUCUGAUCCCAACCUCACGUGCUCCUCUCAUUAGACUCGCUUUCUCUCUGGUUAUGUGACCGCAGCAAAGUUUAGGUGGCACUGACACUGACUGAUAAGUCCAAGAUAUCAUUGCCGUUAGAGUUGCAAUGGGACUUUUCCUAACCUUGGGCCCAUCCAAAUAAUGGAGUUGAAUUCAAAAGCUACUGGAAAACAAGCACUUGGUAGUAGCACUGCAGCGAUCGUCGUUGAAAAGUUGUUGGGUAAAGAGGAGGACACGGUUGUGAAACAGGGUGGACGUGCUGACAGUGCUUCUGACAAUGAAGUGUUUGUGUCUGUCAAAUCAAUCAAUAUUUCAGGAUCUGGACCAGAUUUGCCUACGUUGGUGGUGGGCACCGAGGGGGAAAGUGGAUUGAAUAGCGGAAAUGUGGCAGGGAGCAGGAACCUUGAAGGCGGUGGUGGUGGCGGAGAAAGCAACAAUGAGCAGUCGAAUCUUUCUAAAAGUGAGACGAGUGGUCGGGUGCUCCUAGUGCCGCGUGUGUGUAGUGAUAGUCACAUUGGCGAAGGUGAAGGUUUUCACUCUUCGAGACUCUCGUCCUCCGCCUCACUGGGCUCUCUCUCCUCGGCCGUCUUCUUGGCAGUGGGAAUCUCUUCUGAGGAAGGCUCCAAGACUGCUUCUUCUGCUGCUCAUCCUCCAGUCGUCGAGGAUGGUGUGAGCGGCGAUAAGAAGACGAAAAAGAAGUGUCAAAGUGGAGGAAACGAGGCGAGAGCUGAGAAUGUGAAUGCAGAACUGGGUGAAAGUUUACAUGUCUCGUUUGGGAAUACGACCCACAGCAGCAGUGGUGGCAGUGGUGGUGGUAAGAGCAAGGGGAAAACUUUGUUAGGUGUACUUGGUCCUGCUUGUCCUACUAAGGACGUAAAAACUGAGCCGGAGGAAAGUGAUAUCGAUUUAGAUACGGAUUCGAGCAUACAGGUUGAACACGAUUUGUCUGUGGGGAAUACAAAGGAUUUCGUGGAAGACGAACUGCUUGAGGAGUAUGAUGAGCCGGACGAUGAGCUGCAUCGAGAGUUAGAGCAGAUUUUUGAGACGGACUUGAUACCGAGUGGUGGUGUUGCAAAGGGUGGGCACCGAGGAGGCAGUAGAUUUAGUCCUUGCAAGAGCAAACGGUCAAAAUACGUAGAUUCCGCCACAUGGACACAGGAAGACGAUAUGCCUAGCUCAUUAAGUGAUUUGAGCCCUGUGCAGAGUCCAAAGAAAAAAAGUAGUCACUCUUCUAGCAGUAAAGGAAGAGUGCAUAGUUCGGGUCUUGCUGAGACGAGUGGGCAUCAUUCCACUUCUUCCACCGCUGCUGGCCAUUAUCCCGGAGGUCAGUUUGAUCAUCAAUAUCAAUAUCAUAGCCAUCACCAGAGCCACAAAGUAGGAGGAGGAGGUGGGAUUGGAGGGCAUCCAGGGAGUCGUCGCCAUCCGCAGCAACAAGGGCAGCAGGCUCCUCAAAGUGGUAGCGGUAGUAGUCGCAACGGUAAAAGUCACCAUCGUAUCCAUCAAAGUCAAUCUAAUCAACGACUAACUGGGAACUCGAGUGGAGGGCUCGGAAGUGAAUUUAUCCACCAAAAUCAACCUCAACAACACCCCGUUCAGGAAUGUUACACCGUUUCAUCACAACUACUCUCGCGUGAAGCUCGGCUCUACGAGAACUUCCCCACAACUCAGGGGGAACUGGAAACACUUGAGAUUCUCCUCACUGGUGGAGAAAGCUGUAAUUAUCCAACAUCAGGUGGUGGUGGUGGCUUUGGUAGAAAUAAUAGCAACCCCAAAGCUUCUACGUCUCGAAAUUCCCUCUACAAAACCAACAACGGUGGUGGUGGAGGAAGUGGGAGUGGGAGUGGUGGGAGUUCUGGCACUAACAAUAAUAAUCAUAUCCUCCUUCAUUAUCAUCAUCACAGUGCAUCCAACCUGAAUUCUUCUCCAGGACCAGGUUCCAUCCGUAACUCUGUGGAACAGCUUUUUUCAGUUUCUGAGCUGCUGGGACCAGGAAGUUGUUUAGCCGUGGGUGGUAGUGGUGGUGGCAUCGGCGGCGGCUGUGGUCCCCCUUCUCGAACCUCUUGGGUUGAUAGUGGCAGAGAAAGUUUAAGUUUUGACGGGGAGAAUAACAAUUCCGGCGGAAGCUCGAGAAAUUUAUUGCUAAUCCCUCCUCCACCCCCACCACCAAUUAAUUAUCAAGGAUUUGUCAAUAGCAGUAUCAUUAUGCAAGCCCAUCACACAUCCAACCAGUCCCCUUCGCAUAAUUCACAGGCACAUUCCUCUAGAAAAUCAGGAAGCAGGCGAGAUCGGCUGGUACGACAGAAGCAAGCAAUUGAUGAGACCUUUCUCCCCAUCCCCACAAACUCUACGGAUAACCUGGGCAUCGAUCAAGGCGGAACUGGAGGGGGCUGCGGCUAUUUGGCUGUCCCAUCUCCACGACGAACAGGAGGCAUGAUGGCUAAUAACCUAAUUGCUGCAAACUUUUGCAAUGCUGCUGCGUCUCCCAUAAGUCUCCAUCGACACCCUCCAGCCUCACAGAUCAUGUUGCACGAAAACAAGAAGAACAAACCUCUCAUUCCUUGCGACAGUCCGUAUGGCAUCAUGACCGGUGGGCAUGGAAAUGGUGACUGGACGUUUGGAGGAGGUACUGAUAAGAAGGGGGGUCAAAUGUCAAGAGAUUUGCUUCGGUGUCGAAGUCCACAGCGGACUGGUCGGUCGAGAGGCAAGAAUAGUCACAAUCAAUCUUUUGACUAUGGAGAACUCCCCUCGCAACACCAAAUGUUCCCCAAGAGGCAUUUGCUGUCGAGUCGUCAACUUUCUUCUUACAACAACCACCAGCAAGGCUUCAUUCCCGCUUCAGGGGGCAGCCAAAUUGGAAAUAAUAAUCCUGCCCUCAUCUUACAACCCCAACAACAGCAUAGAUCGUUCCCGGUCGGUCUCUUUAGCGGGGGUGCACCCAAGUCCUGUUCCAUGGGGGACUUGACCUCAUCCACAGCCUCGCCCAACAAACGUCCCCCCAACCACAGCAACCACCACAACUGCCAAUCUUUUCACGGAAAGGCGUCGGACGAGGUUGCCCUCUGUCCUCCUCAUCCGAACCCCGCCUCUCUCGUCACCUCGCUCCCCCUGCCACCCCAAACCUCGGUCACCUACGAGUUCUCUCUCGCCCCCCAAUCCGGCACCCUCGCACCCGGCUGGAACUUGACCGCAGUCCAGAGAGGACUGGCCACUGCAGUUCCACUAGCUGCAGCCGUUGCGAGAAGAAGAUUGCCUCGCCCAAGAACAAUGCGACCAAGAUUUGGAUUCACAGACAAGAAUGAAGCACGAAAAGCCAAGUGGACCAUUGUUGUCACAGCAUUGGCAUUGUUAGCCAUGAGCAUAUUGUUGGUAGCCAUCACGCUAAGAUUGGCACCUUUGAUCGAUGACCUUGUGCGGAAAGAAAACGAAAAUUUGAUGCGGGUGAUUCAGCACACAUCGCCGAACCUCAACCUAACGAACACGAGCAACUUUUCGACCCCAGUUCCACCACCCCCUCUGCUAAUAGAUGAUCAAGAUGAGAGUAGUGGAAAUUACAAUAACAAUAACAAUAAUAACUUUGGGGGCUCGUCUCUGACAAGAAGUGUGAUCACUGUUGACCCCGGACCAGGGCCUCUUCCAAAAGUUGACUCGUCUUUGGAACGAGACAUGGGAAUAAGAUCCAUGAGAAAUGAAAGUGAAAGUCCAACGACCAACUCUUCAUCCUUUACUUUCACUACCACCAACCCGGCACCAAUACCACUGGCACCACUGGACUUUGAUAGAGAUCGGGAUGAAAGUGGGACCCUAAGUUCAAGUUUAAUUGCCGACAUUCUACUCAGCAGCAGCAGCGGCGACAGAAAGACUAAAACUCGUGUUGAUAAGCCUAAAAACAAAUUUCCCGUGGAUAAUGUCAUGAUGCAAGAUGCUGCCGUUCCACUUGGCAAUUCAGAAACUUCUAUAAACGCAGAAACUCCCUACACUGAACAAAUUAUUAGCGAUAGCGAUAUCGAUGAAAAUGAAUAUGAUAGAGUUAGAACAAGCAUUGUCCUUCGAUGAUGAUGAUUAGUUUUCCUCGUCCUCAGUUUGCGCUAAAGUAGAAGCAAUCACCAUGUUUUAAUAUGCCAGCAUCCGCGUUCAAUUGUUAUUGCAGCGCUCAACCAAGAAUGUGGAAGAAAUUUUACUUAGACGCAGGACAAGGAAGUUUUACUUCAAAGGAAAAAUAUGUGAUCAGUUGGAUUAUUAUGCAUGACAAACAACUCAUGAACGGACUUCAGCACGCGAUACGAUAUGCAAUGCUAAUUAAUACCAAAAUUUGCUAAACAGCUACAUAACAAAUAUAUCUACUCAUGGAGGGACAUGCAGUAUUUAACAUGCAAUUAGUGAUCGUGGGCAAUUUUUAUAUGUACAAAUAGCAUUCGUGUGACAAGUUUUUCACUACUCUUGCAUAGAAUGCAAAAGUUGUUAGAAAAGGUAUUUUUACUAAAGAGAGAAAAACAAAAAACAAAUGCAUCUUACGUGUAGAAGAAUUCCAUGCAGUUUUACAAGGUCCGAUAUCAAUGAAAUGUAUUCCCUGCAAAUAUUUAUUGCAAGGGGCAUUAGAUUUAUCUUGAAUGCAUUCUUCAAGCCAAGGAUACAGAUUUGUGUACUUAUGUGAUGUGUAUAGAUAGCUAACUAAUAACAAUGUCCCCCAAUAAUUACCCCACCCAAGUACCUUCCAUACCACACGUAUAGCUAUUUAGUUCCCCACUGUUUUUAGUCGCAUGAUUUCUCCAACCUUAAACGAGAAUAUAUACUAAAAACCUUAGGGGAAUCUUUCCUACAAAACCCUAUGAAAUUAUGAAAUUGCCCUAUUUUAUACUCUAUAAAGGACUACGUUACGUACUUUCUCUCCGUAGCGCAUCUUCCCGUUUAAUAACCAAGACUUUGGACUGCUCAGAAGAAGAAGAAACACUUGUCAGCAGCAGUCUUUCAGAUUGUCAGCGUUGAAAAGUACUCAGUGCUGAUCUAACACAAUUUAUGGUAAAUGCAUAAAAAUAAUUGUUGGCGUUGAUGGAACACGUCAGAGUAUAAAAUAUAUUGUUAGUGGCCUUGCUUUAUUAGCAUGGAAUAAAUAAUAAUUCGAAGACAAGUUUAAAGUCAAAAUGCCAGGCCAAUAACAGCGCAUACAUAAUAGCAGACGACGACGACUCUUUGUAGAACACAUUUAUUAACGUUGAAGCAAUCAUUUUAGAACAAAAUCAUUAA